AUGUCGCAAGGCGAAUCCGAAGCUAGGGACAACAGUAUUGAGCGCUUCUGUCACCAAUAUUUACAAUUGGAACGAGACCUAGACUAUCCUCCAGCUGACCAAUUACGGGAGGCUGAUACCCAGGAUAUCCUUUAUCAUCGACUCUUUGCUGAUGGUGCCAUCUCAUAUCCCCCUCCCCAGAGAUAUCAACUCAAAGUCCUAAAGGAACUCACCUCAAGAAUCGAAGCAAGUAUCGAAGACUGGGACAGACAUGGAGUAUCAGAUGACUUGAUGAAUUCGCUCUCCAGUCUCCUCGCUCUUCCACUUCUCCCAGAACUUACUGCUGCUCAGCAGAAAUCCUACGUCACAUACACCCCGUCACUCAUCACUACAUCUCAAAAUAGUUCUACCCCAUCUCCUCAAAUCACAUUACUUGAAUCGCGCAACCUCAUUUCCGCAGCAGGGACCACCGGCCUACGGACUUGGGAGGCUGCUCUUCAUCUUGGUCAGUAUCUAAGCGCCAACCCAUCCUACAUCAAAGGCCAGGAAGUCUUAGAGUUAGGAGCAGGCACAGGAUAUCUAUCAAUCCUCUGCGCCAAAUAUCUCGGCGCUAAAUCAGUUGUCGCAUCCGAUGGUUCGGAUGAAGUAGUAGCAACCCUUCCUGAUAACUUUUUCUUGAAUGGUCUUCAAGAUGACGAGAACAUCCGGGCUAUGGACGUCAAGUGGGGACACGCUCUCGUAGGCACGGAAGAGGAGGAGUGGAAUGGCGGUAGACCAUUCGACAUUGUUAUCGGUGCUGAUAUCACUUAUGACAAGAGCGUCAUCCCGGCCUUAAUGGGGACAUUGGGAGAAUUAAUAGGAAUGUUCAAUACAACGGUCCUCAUCGCCGCUACCGAAAGAAACCAAGAAACAUUCGAGGCAUUUAUCGCUGCCUGCGAAAAGAUGUAUCUCAAUCCCGAAAUUAUCGACUUCGAACUUCCACGGGGCCAGGAUCAACAAGGACCAUUCUACAGCGAUAAAGUACCUAUCAAAAUAUGUAGAAUAUUCGGGGCUGGAGUCCAUUUCACAACGGACAUCUGGGUUAUUGAACAGGAGAAGGCGUUUAUUCUUACAUGGACGGAUGCCAUCGGUCCAGUCGAUAUUGAUUUGGUCAAUCUAUCAAGCUAUGAUUUUACUCGGAACAAGGAGAUCGUAAAAGGCUAUACUGGCAAUAAUACGUUCGAAUGGGCCCCUGACGUCGACCUCUCCUUAGACGAUUACGCCCUCUACAUCGACGACGGGCGGAGCGUCAAUAUAUCACCAACACUAUCCUCUAUGGGUCCAUCUGUACAAUCUAUACAGAGUAUCACAUCUAGAGAUGUUGGUGAUAGUAUUGGCGAUAGUAGUCCCUACGUUGACAACGGACUCUCGUCCCACACCGUGGUCGGUAUAAGUGUUGGUUGCACCGUCGGUGGUGUAUCUCUUCUCGGCGUCAUCUCUGCUUUGGUGCGCGGUAGGCAACAGGACAAAAAGACACCGGGGGAUGAAGAGGCAAAGGGGCAGGUCACAGAGGAGCAGGAGCAGAAGCAACCAGAGCCCGUUGUACGCGGAGACCUGACUCUAGAGGAUCACAUGGAUGCAAUUACUGCUUCCUAA